AAACGCGGUCUGCUCGCACAAGCCGCUCUAGCUCGACUACGCAGAGAUUCCGUGGUUAAUUUUCUCACUUUUUACCCACGCAGCAACGUCUCUCCUUCGAUGUGUUCCGUUAUCAUUUUGCAGAGGCGUUCAUUUACGCACCUGCCACGGUAGUGAUCGGGGGGCACGGUAGCCUACAGACGAACUAGAGGAGGAGACAAGGACAUUGUGGAAGCAGCUGCGCGAGAGGGAGGGGAGAUAUAGAAACAAACGGCCGCCGGUUGAUAACACACUGAGGCUCCGAGUAAUUUAGAUUUUAUGGACGAAAUGCUGCUGUUGACAAGAAUCGUUCUGUUCGGGUUGAUCUGCUUGUCCUUGGUGUCCUCUGGGAUGGGCUGUGGACCGGGCAGGGGCUACGGGAGGAGAAGACAUCCGAAGAAGCUGACACCUCUAGCGUACAAACAGUUCAUCCCAAACGUCGCGGAGAAGACCCUAGGGGCCAGUGGCAGAUAUGAAGGCAAGAUCACACGGAACUCCGAGCGAUUUAAAGAACUGACUCCCAAUUACAAUACUGACAUUAUCUUUAAGGAUGAAGAGAACACCGGUGCGGACCGGCUCAUGACUCAGAGAUGUAAAGACAAGCUGAACUCCCUGGCUAUCUCUGUCAUGAACCAGUGGCCAGGGGUAAAGCUCCGCGUCACCGAGGGCUGGGACGAGGAUGGGCACCAUUUCGAAGAGUCGCUACACUACGAGGGAAGGGCAGUGGAUAUCACGACCUCCGAUAGAGACAAGAGCAAAUACGGCACGCUGUCAAGACUAGCAGUGGAGGCUGGGUUCGACUGGGUCUACUACGAGUCCAAGGCCCACAUCCACUGUUCCGUCAAAGCAGAAAACUCAGUUGCUGCCAAAUCAGGAGGCUGUUUCCCAGGCACCGCUUCCGUGACUCUCAAAGAUGGAAGCAGGAAGGCAGUGAAAGACCUCAGAGUUGGCGACAAAGUGCUGGCUGCCAACAGUGAUGGGGACCUCGCAUACAGUGACUUCAUCAUGUUCAUGGACCAGGACUCGUCAACUAGACGAGUGUUUUAUGUGAUAGAGACUAAAGAAACGACCCAGAAAAUCACCCUUACUGCUGCACAUCUCCUCUUUGUGGUCAACAACUCAACGGAUGAUCUCCACAGCAUGUCAGCAGUAUUUGCGAGCAAAGUCAAACCUGGACAAAAGGUGGUUGUCUUUGAUGAUUUGCAUAACCAACUGAAGUCGGUCACCGUGGGACGGAUUUACAUGGAGGAGCACGAGGGGUCCUUUGCGCCAAUGACGGUUCAAGGAACCAUCGUCGUAGAUCAGGUGCUUGUGUCAUGUUACGCUGUAAUUGAAGACCACAAUCUAGCGCACUGGGCGUUUGCACCUGUCAGACUGAGCUACUGGCUGUCCUCCUUGCUAUCCCCGAAAGACUACUCCAUGCCCAACGCCACCUUACACGAGGAUGGAGUGCACUGGUACUCCAAGAUUCUAUAUCAAUUAGGAACGUGGCUCUUGGAUAGCCACGCGCUUCACCCACUGGGGAUGUCAAUAAACUCAAGUUGAAGCAAAGCAAAAUAAGACUAAUCUAGGACAAUAAACAAUAGUAGAAUGAAAAAUACAAAGGCCCCAGCGAUGUUGGGAUAUUUAUUUCAGUGACUUUUACAUGUGUGUCCCUUUUAAAGAAUGAAUGGAGCCUUAAAAGUUUUCUUUGAAUAAUUUAUUCUCAUGUGAACUGGCUGGUAUCACACGGAUGGAUCCUAAAACGGUGUGACCAGCAAAUUGUGCAGAAUCUAUUUUUGUAUAUCUCCAAGUUAACCGCAAAGAAAAAUAAGAUUAUGUAAAAAGGAGCAAACUUCUUGUUCUGUGCAUAUUAUGUGCAACUGACUGUUAUAUUUUGGGGAUAAACAAACUUCGUGGGGUCCAUAAAUUAUAUUUUUAUACACAGAAUUGUACAUUUGAUUUUGACAGAUCGUUACCGAAUCACAUUUCGUUAUUUGAAAUAGUGUAAGAUACGAGAAUAUAUUUUAAUUUAAAUAGUUGGGAAAAGUCUUGGAAAUCUUGUACUGUUUUGUUUAUUAAGAAUUCUAUUAUUUUGGAAACGUUUCAUUUAAGUUGUCAGAUUGGGACAGAUAUUCUGCCUCGUAUAAUUAUUGCCUCUGCUUUUGUUGUAUUUCUUUUUUCUAUUUUUAUUUUAGAAAAUUUGAAAUGCACAUUCUGACAAUUCAGUAACAGUAUAAGUAGUACAGAACAAAACGUUUCGUUGAAUAAAUUAAUAAGUAACUCCUGUAAAUGUACUAAAAUGUAUUUUUUCUUUUCAUAUUUUGUAAUAGGGAAAUAGUUUUAUAGAAAUAACAUGCGGCAGAUGCACAGUUUGGAUAGUAUAUAAUAGCGUUCCAGUUAACUUUCAUAACAGGGCGAUGUGUCAAAAAUGUCUAGAGUUUAUUAUUUAUAUGUUUAUUACAAAAUGAGAUAAAGAAAAUAUUAAAACC